AUGAAUUCUGGGAUCAAUGCCACAGUUACUGCACUUCGACAAAGCUACUGGAUAACCGCCAUACGUCAAUAUGUAAAGAAGUUACUUCGACGGUGCGUGACCUGUCGCAACGUUACUGGUACCCUUUCAAAACACCAGACUCCGCACCUCAACCAAAGAUUAGAGUCCCAGAAAUAGCACCAUUCGUAGUAACGGGAGAUAGUAGAUUUUGGCGGGCCCCUUUAUAUCAGAACCCAACUCGGAAGACUGUGUAGCAGGCGGUAUUCGCGGGCACGAGAGAACGGGAAGUUUGAAAUACCGCCUGCCCAAAAACUACACAUUCUGAGUUCCGCCCACCAUAUAUCAACUAUGUGCACACCGCGAACGCUAGGUUCCGCCAAUCUUAAUGUAUUUGUCAAACUCUUUCACGUAUUGUACCAGUGCAAACAUACGGCUUUGACGUUUCAUAUCUUUGGUUCAUUGAAUGCUAUGAAGACAAAAAUACCACGUUCUAUUCAGUGUAACAAUAUGUCCUCACUCAUAGCGAUAGUUUAAUUCAGUGGCGUGCUGGCUACUAUUUUUCUGGGGGGCCAGUGGCCUAUAUCACCCAAUAUGCGCCCCUAUAAUGUAACGCUUCAUAUAUAUAUAUAUAUAUAUAUAUAUAUAUAUAUAUAUAUAUAUAUAUAUAUAUAUAUAUAUAUAUAUAUAUAUAUAUAUAUAAAACAAAGAAGCACUCGCUUAAAAAUACUGAGCCGCCGGUGCAUGACUAUAUACGUCACACAUACGAUUAGUAAUCAGCCAGGUAAAAUAACGGAAAAUGUCAGUAGCUUUAUUAAUAUUAUAUAGACAAUGACCCAUGUCGAACAAACCCAUGUGGAAAAAAUAAGAAGUGCGAACGAAUCGUAGGAACAGGAGGAUAUAACUGUACAUGUGAAAAAAACUUUAUUGAGAAAAAUGGAACUUGCGAGCCAGUGCUACCAGGUAAGAUCACAUAUCAAAAUAUCCAAAGAUUACUAAAUAUAAAUUUUCUCUGUUUACUCAAUUUAGUCGGCAAAAUCUGUCAAUGAUGCAGGGUUGAUAUUCGAGUUCAUUAAUUGUUACAAAAAUUGCACCUCCAGGAAAAAUAUCUUGCGUUUCUUAAGGGAGUGGCACUUAUUAGACAGCGAAAAUUACCUGUCGUGAUACAUCCGCGCUCAAAAUGUUGCUAUAAUGGUAAUAUUAUGUGGUUUGAAAACUAAUGUAUUCAUGACUAUAUCAAACCGGCACAUGCAUCUCUUAAGGACAAAUUGUUUCCCACUUGAAGAUGCAUGUGUGACUGUACAGUACAUGCAAGUAGCCUUUUAUUAAACUUUGCCAGAAACAAGAGAUGAUUCGGUAACAGACGAUCGCAAAGGAGUUAUAGUUGCUGCUGUUCUUAUCCCAACACUUGUAAUUUUGAUCGCUAUUUGUAUCAUUGCUUGGCUACGUAAACGCCACAAGAAGCGAAUGGAUUUCAUGGAAACAGAAAUGGCAAUAGCUUUUAACUUCGGAAGUAGAAGCAAUCCUCAACGCUUGUAAGUAUUCGAACAUAUAUUAGUUUUUUUUACUGAGAAAUUUACAUUCAGCUGCUUUGAUUUACAAUUCUUCGAAAAUAUAACAUGACAAUUUUACAGCAGGUUUGAAAACUAAUUGCACGUCUUUGCAAAAGUGCCGGAAGAGAUUGAGCUAAGAGCUAGAUGAUUGAAUUUAGCGGCCGUGCUUAAUUAUCUAGAUAAUUGUGUCUAUCCGGCUGAAACAUAUGCAAAAAUCAAUUCAGUUCUAUUACCUCAGUCAACUUUAUUGUAUUCGGAUCGAUAAGCGAAAUCGGCAAAGAAAUUGUUUUGCUAGUAAUUCAUUUUAAAUACUGUAUAAGCUGCCUCGUACCCAGGCGCUUUAAAUAAUUAUAAUAUACAUGAAGUAUUCAGGAAGGCAGGCGACGCGCGAGGGGCCUGUUGGGAAGGAUGCGUGCUAGGGAGCGCCUGGCAGUUCUUGUAUACUGUCAUGGGGAAAACAUGGAAUUUAAUACAAAAAGUUACCAUAUCGUCAUAUACUAAAACGUAAAACCUUACGUUUUGAUGAAGAGUUGAAUUGAAUGCCAUUGGCAAAUAAUAAUAAAUUUGUAGAUGUUUGACGACAUGCAAAAUGCGCGAAAAAUUAUGAGUAGAUAACACACAGAAAAAAAUCGUUUUCUUAUUUCAAGGACAAAAAAACUUGUUUCAAGAAUUAUUUUCUUAAAACAAGAAUUUUUUUACUAGGGAGAAUAGCGAGAAAUAUUUUGUAAAUGAGAAAAUAUUUCCUAAAAUAUUUCUUAAAAUAAGAAAAAACAUUUUUUGUUUUAAGAAAAAUAUAUCUCAUUUCAAGAAAAUAAUGAAACAUUUUUCUAGUGCACUUUUUCUUAAAAUAAGAAAUUUUAUUAGAGCUAAAAAAUUUUUCUUAAAUUAAGAAAACUUUUCUUAAAUAAUAAGAAAUUAAAUCUUAAAUUGAGAAAAUAUAACUCGUUUUAAGAAAAUAUUUCUUAAAACAAUAAAAUUUUUACUAGGGAGAAUAGCGAGAAAAAAAUUCUAAUUAAGAAAAUAUUUCUAGAUGAAUCAUUUUCUUGUUUUAAGAAAAUAUAUCCUAUUUUAAGAUUAACUUUCUUAAAACUAGAUACUUUUGAUUAGAUAAGAAAAAUAAGAUAAAUUUACACCUAACGUUCUCGAUUUAAGAAAAAAACUCUCAUUCUAAGAAAAUAACUUAUAUAUUCACUGAAAUAGUAGUUCUGAUAGCACAGCAAUGUGUUGUAGCGAAUUGAGCUUCUCCCAGGGUUUUUUCCGGAUUUUCUCUUGGGUCGGUUUUUGCAGGGAAGAUUGAGUUUAGUUGAACAGUUGGUGAUUUUCCACAAAACGCCAAACACAACAAAAACAAGUAGCAAAAAAUCGUAAACGACAACGAAAUAUCACAACUUGCAAGAAAUCGCACUUUGUUGCAAGAAAUCGACCAAGAACUGCCAGGCGUCGCGCGCAUUUGAGGUGCAAUCUUCCCAUCAACCCUUUCGCCAAUCUCUCUCCACUACAAUACUUCAUGUAAACUCCCCAUAUGCGCAUCAUUGUUUUUUUACAAAGAGACGCCUGGGUACGAGGCAGCUGUAUAAGGAUGAGAUAAGCAUGGCUGUUAUUACUACAAAAAUACGCGUACUGUAUAGCGCACUCGAAUGGCAACUAAAAUCUCAGUGAUAAUAAUAGUUAAUAUAAUAUACGAUUUCGAAUAGUCUAUUUCCAUGUGAACCGAGCGUUUAAGCAUGCAUGACGAAUUUUAUUGGUACGAAAUCAAGUAUAUAAUGUUUAAUUCAGUGUAAUAAUUAAAAUACGGCAAACAGUCUAAUUUCUGUAUUUUUUGUGUUAGCAUUGACCGGGAUACGCUGGAAGAUGACAACAGCGAAAGAAUAGUGAAUUUGAUAUAUGUAUCACAAGAUUAUGUUUACGAUAUACCAGGACAUAUAGCGAAAAAAGUAUGUUCUUUUGAGAUGCCUGCUGGUUCAAUACGAUUUAGUGGUAUCAUUGGUAGAGGAGAAUUUGGCAUAGUAUAUGUUGGUGAAGCCCAAGGAGUCAAUAGAAAUCCCGAAUGGACAACCGUGGCAAUAAAAACAAUCACAGGUUAAGACCACAGACAACUAUAUAUUUUACUGCAAUUAUAUUGCUAAAAUAAUUGUUUGCCACUUGUUCGUGUGGGAAUACGCACGGAUCAUUUUCAUAUAUGCUAGCAAUCGUUAUAGUUCCCAUAACCGUAGCGUAUACAUUUUCAUCAUCAUGCUUUGUUGAUGGUAGCUAUCGCGCUUAUGCACAAAAGAAAUUUUACACUUUGCAUUGUUGGCAAAUGACGUCUCUCAGGUAAAUAAUGUAAGAGAGCAAAAAUGUUUUCCUGGUAUACCUGGUUGCUAUAUAAAUUUAUCAACCUCAAAACACUAAUCAAAUACCCAUUCUUGGUCAAUAGAUGAAAGUCCAGGUGAUUUCAUCGAGUGCUAUUAAUAAAAAAUAUCAUAUUUCCACAUGAUUAAAAUGAAUUAAAUAUUAAUGGAGUAAUUUCCAAACAUUCCUCAAUAUGUCGGCAAUAUUUCGUCAACAUUCGUCAGUAUAUGACCACAGUAAUUUCUAAAUAUUCCGAAUCGUGAAUGACAAAAAUGUGCGUACACAUACAUUUGCAAUGUCUGCAUUUAUAAAAUAUGUUAUCAUUCAGGUACCGGCUUUUGAGGAAUCAACUAAUCUCGAUAAAUUGAACAAAUGUUAUAUAGAAUCCGCCAAUGAAGAAGAACUUAAUGAUAUCUUACGUGAAAUUGAGUUGAUGAAGGACCUUGGAAAACAUGAAAAUGUCAUUCAGAUGUUUGGUUGUUGCAUACGAUGUCGUCCAAUAUGUUUAGUCCUGGAAUACGCGCCCGGCGGAAAUUUGAAAAAUUAUCUGAGGUCUCUUAAAAAGAAGGUAAUUACCUAUCAAAGUGCCAGUAAUGGGUACAACCCGGAACCUUCCAUUUUUGUGCGUAAACCAGUUUUAAGCUGGUUAGUAAGAAUUUCCCGAUGCUCUUGGGAAUUUAAUUUUCCGAAAUGUUUGUGUUUUUUUAUAAGAUCUGAAAAGUAGGUGAAGUUUCACGUAGUGUAAGAGACCUUUUGAAAAUUCUCCAUGUUCUUUAGCUAUAGUGACCCGAUUACCUGAUCUCACUAGAGAUGUGAUGUAGUUGUAUUCUUACAUCUAAAAUGUAUAUAUUUCUUCAUUCUUUUAUUCAUUAUUCCUGGGAAAAAGAAGGUUCCUUCAAUGCGUAAUCGGCUUUUUGAAGAACAACAAAUACAACGUGCAUGUUUAAAUUUAUAUACUUAUUAUGCUAUCAUAUAUUUUUCUUAAUUAAAGUGUAAAGACAUAGCAAGCGCACGGACAGAUGAAGUCACAAAAUCUGGCAUGGUAUGAUAUUUUGUCAACAAAAUGCACUAAUUCUAAUUUUCCUUUAAUUUAUGUAGUUUAUAAAAUAUUCCGGUUUAGGUUUUAGCUCAGGACUCAAAACCAACUUUUGUCUCAUGGUUUCUUUUCCACUCGGAAAGAUUGAUACUCAAGCUAAAGCUUUUUAAUUAAAAAAAACAUUACUAUGUAAUUAUUCAUAAUAUACGUGAGAAAAUUAUGCAGUAGCAAAUUCAUAUGCAUGAAUGGAACACAUACGAAAUAACUGGCAUUUACUCGACACUCAUUUGAAUGGCACAACAAUUUAUUAUAACAAUACAAGUCUCUAACUGCAUGCGAGAAGCCAAAACUUAAAUCAAAACGUCUUUUGCUUUAGCGCUUGCCAUACUGUAUAAAAACUGAUUGGUUAAAAUAAAAAAAAUUCUUGUCUUCUAAUUCUAUACAUUAAUUUUUAUUUUGACCAAUAUUAUUUAUAGUUAAAACAAUCGAAAAAUUCGUUACAAUAACGCAAUGUUUUGUUAAAUGAAUUAACAAUUAAGUGCACCUGCAUGAGAAAACAAAUAUGUGUAUAGUCAUAUGUAUUUUAAUAUUAGAAUUCAGGUCUCUUUAAUAACUUCUUCGCACUUACAUAGAUUACAAUUGAAUUUACAUAUACCGACUUGAAAAUAUUUCAGGGGCGAUAUCAGAAAUUGAUUGGGGCAGGUGGAAUGGCAAAAGAUUCGGCAUCUUCAACUCUUGUUAACGCAAGUGAACCGUACAAGUUGGAAGAAACAGGAAUAAAACAAGCUGAAGGUAAUUACGACAGUGCAAUUGCAAAAUAAUAAGGGAUAUUUAGAUAAGGCAUAAAUAUACAUGCACGUAUAUCUUUCCAGUCUUUGCGGAGGAAGCUCUGUUUGGUUUAGCCAUGCUGCUCCAAGAAUUUCGACAAAUACUUUCUCUAUUUGAAAAAAAUUCGACAUUUUUAUAAAAAGGCAUCUUCUGCAUUUUGAGCAAGAUUCUGUAGGAUCUGACUUGACUGGGUAAUUUUGUUGAUUUUACAUUUUUAGGCAGAAAAGAAUAUUAAGUUCUCCCAGCAGCAAUAUUUGCAGUUAGUUAUGCUUCUCGUGACAAGGUUUUAUAAUUUGUAAAAAAAUGGAUACACAACUAUUAUAAUAAUGUAUGAUACUGCAUCUCGCGCAUUAAUUUCAUACCGAUUUUAAAUUGUGUUUAAUAGCAUGUGAAAAAUAUUUUAUUCAUUAUUCGUUCUUGAGAAAAAAUUGCGAACAAACAAAAAAAAAUCCUCUUACAAAAUAAAGAAAUAGAUAAACUAGCAGUAGAUCUGCGUUGUAACUAUUUAAUGUUUAAUUUUUAUCAACAUUUUAAACGUAAUGAUUCAAUGAAUGGCGCUUCACGUAAAAUUCCAUGUCAAAUUGUAUUAUAUUUUAGAUUUAAAUUUCGAGAUUGCCUCGAGAAUAAACGAGGAAAUUCGAGUUGCUUUGGACCCCAAAGAAUUGGAAUCGUUUGCUCGUCAAAUUGCUACUGGAAUGGUAAAUUGUUUACAAUAUUAUAUAUAAUUUUAUGUUUGUACCUCUAUCUUACUAUAAUGUUUUUAUCUUCCAAACCAGAUUUCAUACACGCAAAAUACUGAACUGUAACAAAUGUCAUCAUGCUUGUUGUCCGUAAUGGUCCAUGAUUAUAAUAUUACAUAACACUUCAGAUAUUUUAAUACUACUAAUAAGACUUCCGUAUUGGUACCUACAUGGUCCCGUAUUGGUCCCCUCAACUAUAUAUAACUGCAUUCAAGUCGGUCAACUAUCCGAGUCGGGAAAUAAUAUAUCGUUUAUAUUUUCAUUUUAGAAACAUGUUUCAGGACUUAGUAUUGUUCACCGUGAUUUGGCAGCAAGGAACAUACUACUUGGUGAAGACAAAGUUUUAAAAAUAUCAGAUUUUGGCUUGUCACGCGAGGGAACAUACAUUAAAAAAUCUAACGGAAAAAUUCCAUUCCGAUGGCUAUCGAUUGAAGCAAUACAAGAACGAACGUAUUCUACUGCUGGUGAUGUGUGA